CAUCCCUGCGCAGUCGGCGGGGCCCGGAGAGCCCAGAGGGAGCUCGGCCCUGCCUGCCACCAUGAGCACAGGCAAAGCGGGCAUCGCCCUCCUGCUCGCCCUGGCCCUGCUGCUAGCCGCCGCCUCCCAAGCCCCUGGCGGGGAGGCGCCGAAGGAGCAGGGGGAGGCAGAGCCCCCUCGCUGCCCCGGCGCCUGCGCCUGCAGCCUGGACGAGGACAGCGAGGAGCUCAACGUCUUCUGCAGCGGCCGCAACCUGUCGCGGCUGCCCGCGGACCUGCCGCCCAACGCCAAAGCCUUGUGGCUGGACGGCAACAACUUCACCCUGCUGCCGGCCGCCGCCUUCAGGAACCUCUCGGGGCUGGACUUCCUGGACCUGCAGGGCUGCCAGCUGGCCGGGGUGGAGCAGCACGCCUUCCACGGGCUCCGCAGCCUCUUCCACCUCCACCUGGAGCGCAACCGCCUCAAGCACCUGGCCCCCCACACCUUCCUGCACACCCAGAACCUGGUCUCCCUCAGCCUCAACAACAACCACUUCAGCAAGGUGGAGGAAGGGCUCUUCGCCGGCCUCUCCAACCUCUGGUACCUCAACCUGGGCUGGAACUCCCUGGUGGUCCUGCCCGACAAGGUCUUCCACGACCUGCCCAACCUGAGGGAGCUGAUCCUGGCGGGGAACAAGCUGCCCUACCUGCAGCACCAGCUCUUCUGCAGCCUCACCGAGCUGAAGGAGCUGGACCUGAGCGGCAACGCGCUGAAGGGCAUCAAGCUCAACGUCUUCGUCAAGCUGCAGAAGCUGCAGAAGCUCUACCUGAACCACAACCAGAUCACCGCCAUCGCCCCCCGCGCCUUCAUGGGCAUGAAGGCCCUGCGCUGGCUGGACCUCUCCCACAACAGGCUGGUCUCCCUCUUCGAGGACACCUUCCUGGGCCUCCUCAGCCUGCACGUCCUGCGCCUCUCCGCCAACUCCAUCGCCGGCCUCCGGCCCAGGACCUUCAGGGACCUCCAGUUCCUGGAGGAGCUGCAGCUGGGGCACAACAGGAUCCAGAGCCUGGCCGAAAGGACCUUCGAGGGGCUGGGCCAGCUGGAGGUGCUCAGCCUCAACCACAACCAGCUGCAGGACGUCAGGGCCGGCGCCUUCCUGGGGCUGCACAACGUGGCCGUCAUGCACCUCUCCGCCAACUGCAUCGAGGCCCUCCCCGACCACGUCUUCAAGGGGGUCACCAAGCUGCACAGCCUCCACCUGGAGCGCAGCUGCCUGGGCAGGGUGAGGGCCAAGACGUUCUCGGGGCUGCGGGGGCUGCGGCGCCUCUUCCUGCAGCACAACUCCAUCGCCGCCAUCGAGGAGCAGAGCUUCGGCGACCUGCGCGAGCUGCUGGAGCUGGACCUCAAGCACAACCGGCUCAGCCGCCUGGCCCCGCAGCUCUUCCAGGGGCUCAGCAACCUGGAGUACCUCUUCCUCUCCUCCAACCAGCUCCUCGAGGUCUCCCGCGACGCCUUCAGGCCGCUCCAGAGGCUCUUCUGGCUCGACCUCUCCCACAACCGGCUGCAGGCGCUGGACAGCGAAGCCAUCUCCCCCCUGGCCAACCUGCGCUACCUCAGCCUCAGCAAUAACUCCCUGGAGACCUUCUCGGUGGGCUUCCUCCGCCCCUCCUCCUUCGCCCUGGAGCAGCUGUGGCUGGGGGGCAACAACUGGCACUGCAACUGCUCGCUGCAGGGCCUGCGGGCGUUCGCCCUGCGGCACGCGGCGGCGGUGCCCCGCUUCGUGCAGUCGGUGGCCGAGGGGGACGACGGCCACCCGCCCGUCUACACCUACAACAACCUCACCUGCCGCCACCCCCCGGCCCUGGCGGGCCUGGACCUGCGGGACACCGCCGAGGACAGCUUUGCCCACUGCUGAGGAGCUCUUCUCCCUGCCUGGGGAACGUUUC